AUGGAGCUAGUUGAUGAAGUUGAGCACAGAAGUCUUUUCAGACGAGAGACAGAUUCCCUACAAACGGAAGCAGCUUCCUUGAUGGAACGCAAAGCUAUAGCAACAAAGAACAGUGUGCUCCAGAGCUUCAAGAUCGUGAUUUUGUCGAAUAAACUCAAUAUUUUGUUGCCUUUCGGUCCUCUAGCAAUACUAGUCCACUACUUGGCAGAUAAUAAGGGAUGGUUCUUCUUGCUGAGCUUAUUAGGAAUUACACCAUUGGCUGAACGUCUCGGAUAUGCCACAGAGUCCAACCGGUAUGACUUGGUUCUAUAG